AUGGCUGCCAAAGCAAAGCUUUCUUUAACUCUUGUUUUGUCCCUGUCUGUUUUUCUGUAUGCUGGCUUAGGCGUAGCUAAGCAAGACCCUGAGCUAAAACAAUGCAGGCACCAGUGCAGGAUCCAGCAACAAUACAGCGAGGAACAGAAGGGAGAAUGAGAGAGAAAAUGUGAAGAUUAUCACAGAGAGAAGAAGUAGCUAAAACAAUGCAGGCACCAGUGCAGGGUCCAGCAACAAUACAGCGAGGAAGAGAAGGAAGAAUGUGAGAGAAAAUGUGAAGAUUAUCACAGAGAGAAGAAGGCGGGAGAAGAGAGGCAGCUGUGUCUCCUACAAUGCCAGAGAAAUGGGAGAAGCAGAAGAGACGGGGAGAGAGACAAAAUGGAGAAAGAGGAAGAGCAAAAGAGCCACCCGUAUGUAUUUGAAGAUGAACAUUUCUGUGCAGAAGUCAAGACAGAGCAAGAAAGAGUUGAUCUUCUCACGAAGUUCACAAAGAAGUCUGAGUUGCUUCGUGACAUUGAGAAUUACAGACUAGCCCUUCUUGUUGCUAAUCCAAACUCAUUUGUGGUCCCAAAUCAUUUUGAUGCUGACGCUGUCUUCGUUGUUACUCAAGGCCGUGGAACAAUCACAUUGAUCCAUGAAGAUAACAGAGAGAGUUUCAACAUUGAACGUGGAGAUAUCCUCAGGGUUCGUGCAGGCACUCCUAUAUAUUUGAUCAACAGAGAUGAAAAUGAGAAACUCUACGUGGUCGAGUUUUUCCGAACCGUUAAUCUUCCAGGCCAUUACGACGUAUUUUUCGGGGCUGUUGGUGAAAAACCAGAAUCAUUCUACAAAACUUUCAGCAUUGAGAUUCUUGAAGCUGCCUUAAGGACGUCAAGAGACAAGUUGGAGAGCUUUUUCGGGAAACAGGACAAAGGACCCUUCCUCGAAGCCUCCAAAGAACAAAUCCGGGCCAUGAGUAGCCACCAGGAAGGUGGCAGUGGCGGUGCUUUCUGGCCUUUUGGCGGUGAAUUAAGGGGUGCCUUCAACCUCUUCAGAAGGCGCCAACCCUCUCUGUCUAACAAAUAUGGCCAGCUCUUUGAAGUUGAUGCAAAUGCAUUCAGGCCGCUCGCAGGCCUCGACCUCAGGGUCUCCUAUGCGAACAUCACCAAAGGCUGUAUGUCUGCUCUAUACUACAACUCAAGGGCAACGAAGAUAGCCAUUGCUGUAAAAGGUGAAGGAUACUUUGAAAUGGUGUGUCCUCAUGUCUCCUCUUCAAGUGAUCAACAACACCGGGAUUUCACAAGCUCGGAACGAAGAAAGAGCGGCCCCAGUUACCGGAAAAUUAGCUCACUUUUGAAGACCUAUACUGUGUUCCUUGUUCCCGCAGGGUAUCCCUUCGUCACAGUUGCUUCUAGAAAAAACAACCUGGAGAUUCUAUGUUUUCAGAUUAAUUUGCAAGACAACGUCCGGUACCCUCUCGCAGGUAUUGUGAUGCAAUUCGAGAAGGAACCCAAGGAGUUAGCCUUUAGACAAAAGGAAGAUGAGGUGGAUAACAUCCUUGACAACCAAGAGGAGUUCUUUUUCCCUGGACCAAGGCAACGAAGAGGGCAAGCUUAUGAAUGGGGGGAAGCAGGGGAUCGUAGAUAUACAAGGGCGGAUUUAUAAGGAGGUUUCAGAUUUCGGAUUUUGAUUAGAGGAGCCCUGAGCUACUUGGUGGUUUUUACAGUUUUGUAGUUAUGACUGUUGUGAAAUAUAUUAAUAUGCGUGACCCACUUAUGUUUUUGAACACGUCUGUAAGUACUGAGAUUAAAUAAAACCUGCGAAGCUAUCUAUGUUAUCCUCAGCUGAAGCGCUCGACAUCUGCCUUUCUUAUAACAAUAAGAAGUUAAUGUCCAACGCAAAAGUUUAUCAAGCAUUCGACACCCAAAAAGUUAGAUAUGUACCUCCAAACACUAUUUCAGUUUGGCCACCUUUCCAGAAUUUGCAAAAAGCCAUUUUUUGCAUUAGCUGUACAUGUGUCCAUUCAGCACCCACUCCCACACUAGGUGAUUUUUGUCAAACAGACUCCGGGUUCAGUGCUCUGUUAACAGACGGCCACAAAGCCGUUAAUAGAGCUUUUACACUGGAUCACCGGUAAGACUGCAUUAUAUUAUAGCUAUUGCUACUACCUAAGAAACAUCAGACGCAGUCUCGCAUUCGCUUUGAACAGGAAAAGUACGAGUC